ACCCACAUUACAUACGAGUUUCCAGUCAGCAAAUCUGAUUUAGGGCGAUUAGGCAGGGCAGGUUAUUUCCUGCCAGUCCCUGUGGGAACAACAACCUCUGCAAUAACAAGGGUGUGGAUUUGCAGUACUGACAAUGGGAGCCAUCAUUUCCAGGUGGAAGACCAAACCUUCCACUGUGGAACUGCUAGAGUCACUGGAUAAGGACAUAAAGGAUCUGGAGGAGUUUCGUGCAAAGAACCAGCGUUUGCUGAAGUUAUGGGUCGGCCGGCUUCUCUUCUACUCAUCUGCUCUGUACCUGCUGACAUGUCUGUGUGUUUAUUACCUGUACUUCCCCCAGCAGUGGGGCGCUCGGCUCAUCACUGCCCUGCCUCUGCUGGCCUUUCCUGCACUAGUUUUACUACUACGAAAAGUGCUCAUUUUCCUGUUCUCCAAACGCACAGAGAGAAACAAUGACAAAUUGGAAGAUUUAAAAACGCAAAAACGGAAAAUACUUGAGGAGGUGAUGGAAACGGAGACCUACAAAAAUGCUAAGCUCAUACUGGAGAGAUUUGAUCCUGAGUCUAAAAAGAAAGCAGAAGCAGAAGCCACUCCAGUCAGACCCCACAUGACCCCUAGACCAGGACAAGAGCUACGGCAGAGGCAUAUUGCCAUGGCUACUCCAGGCCCAGUACUCGGCCCUAUGUCUCCGGGAACCACACCUCUCCGUACCGCCCCAGGAGGACCUCCAGAGAAAGGGUUAGCUGGGUCUGCAUCCACCCCUGCUGGAGCCAGUCAAGCAGAAACACCACAACAAAUGAUGAGAAGAAGCAUGAAUCCAUAUUCUCCAGGACCUGGAUCAGGUAUGCGUCCCCCUGGCCCACCUCUCGCUCGACCCAUCCUUCCACGAGAGCGUGGCGCUGUGGACAGAGUCAUUGAGUAUCUGGUGGGAGAUGGACCUCAAAACAGAUAUGCGUUGAUUUGCCAGCAGUGUUUUUCCCACAACGGUAUGGCUUUGAAGGAGGAAUUUGAGUUUGUAGCUUUCCGUUGUGCUUAUUGCUACUUCAUGAACCCUGCGAGAAAAACACGUCCCCAGGCCCCCAGGCUCCCAGAAUUCAGUUUUGAGCGCAGGCUGCGCUCUGAAUCUCCUGAAACGCAAUCUUCUGCCGCCACAGAGACACCGGAGGACAGCGACGCCCCUGAAGACCGUAUUGUCUCGGCUCGCUCCACUCGUGUUUCUCACUCUGGCACCCCCUGGAGUAAAGUUCAUAGUUUCGAGAGAAUUCACACAGACGACAUGGAAAGAACUACAUCAGCUGACCCUCAGAACCCAGCAGCCGAUGAGGCGCCUGUCCUGCAGGAAUCAGAAACUGAAGAGUCACAGCCUCAGGACGUCCCGCGUGAAGAGGCUGAAGCCCUGGAGGAACAAAAGAAAGAGGAUGAAUCAAACUAAACCGUGUGAACAGGAGCUUUUUCUGGGGUUUGAGCUUCUUCACUCUAGUGCAUGUUAAUUUAGUACAUCUUUUGAGCUCUGGAGGCCGUUGUACGUUUUUACUGCUAAUUUAUUUAUAUAUGCACUACAAGGUUUACAUAAUGGGCUGAGUGUCAUAACCCACAGUACAGUAAUCGAAGCGGUGUGGUGAUUGGUGAUGACCACAUUACCCGCGCAUGUUUUGUGUAUGAAGGUGAUUUAACAAAACAAACUCCUGUUUUAUAGUAUGUUUUUGCAGUGUUAAGAGGAAUUAUUUAAUAGUAAAUAAGGAUAAAACUUGUAGCAGGAUAAGUUUAGCUAUCUUUGUGUUUACAGGGUUAUUUGAAAGUGCAACCUGAACAAAAAUACACUCUUUGUUGCCAGACUUGUUUUUUUUUUUUUUUUUUGUCAAAUGCACUAUUUUGAUUCUUAAAUAUUUAUUUUAGGUUUAAAUGAUUGUUAUUUUUGUGGCCAAUAGUUAGUUACACAGCAAUUGGUUACUUUUAGUGAGUAAACCUUUAGUUUUAAAUGCAACAAGUUGACUUUACUUAAAAAGUAAGUAAACAGUUGUAACUUGGAGAUGUUAAGUUGACUUAAUUUUAUAAUUUUGCGCAUAUAUUGUUUAAUUAACACCUUUAUCGCAAUGGAUUUACUCACCUUUUAAAGUAAAGUCACCUAAUUGCUUUAAAAGCAGUAUGUUUACUCACUUUUUUUAAGUAAACUAAUAUCUUUUUACAUUGUGCUUAUUUGUGUAAUUCAACUGUCUUGUGCCUUUCUGGUUAGGAAUAUGUCUGGAACUUAAUGCACAGUUUACAAAAUCUGUCAAAAUAACUGGUUGUUGUUCAUAAGAUGUUUUCUUUGUUGAUGUUUACGCUUUAUUUGUCAGCAGGAUUCAACCUGGAUUUUGUUCAUGAACAAAAAAAAAAAACAAAAAACAUCAUAGCAUCAUAGUUUUUUAGCAUCAUAGUUAUUUCUUUGAUUUUGUCUGAAUAGCAACACAAAAUGUUUAAGCUUUGAAGCCAGAAUUAUUCAAUUGUUCUUGUUUUUACGUACUUGCAAGUUGCUGUGCACGUCUGCUGCAUUACAGACUGUAUGAUGCCAAUAAAGGUUCAUUUUCUAAAACAUGA